UACAAAAGAAGCCCAGUGAAGGAUGGUGAAUAUUUGCUGCAGAACAGUUCGUGUUGUUGCAGCUCUGGGUUUCAGAUUUCUUGAAAAUAACCGGACCUAUUCAAAUAGAAACUCUAACGCGAGAAAUUUUCGGACCUACUUUGGAUUUUCUCUAACUAUUUGCCCAUCAUCUCGAUCGAAAUCGCCUUCGACUGUACUCUGUAGAAUGGACGAUACAGCUAGGGUUUCCACUCAGUCCAGUGGAGGGGACGAUGUUGUUCGCUUCCCGUUGUCUCCAUCGAAUGCUUUGGUCAUUCAGAAAGGAGACAUCACCAAGUGGUCUAUCAACGGCUCCUCCGACGCAAUAGUGAAUCCAGCAAAUGAGAGAAUGCUUGGAGGUGGCGGCGCAGAUGGAGCCAUUCACAGAGCUGCUGGGCCAGAUCUUCUUCAAGCGUGCUUAAAUGUUCCAGAAGUUAGACCUGGAAUUCGCUGUCCGACAGGGGAAGCUAGGAUCACACCAGGUUUUAAGCUGCCUGCUUCUCAUGUUAUUCAUACCGUUGGACCAGUCUACACUUCAGAUAGUAAUGCUGCUGCAUCUCUAGCAAGUGCUUACAGGAAUAGUUUGAAGGUUGCAAAAGAGAACAAUAUUCAGUAUAUAGCAUUUCCAGCCAUAUCUUGUGGCGUCUAUGGAUAUCCUUUUGAUGAAGCUGCCGCAGUGGCAAUAUCUACCAUCAGAGAGUUUCGAGAUGACUUGAAGGAGGUUCACUUCGUUCUGUUCUCGCCUGAUAUCUAUCAUGUUUGGAUAAACAAAGCGAGCGAGUUGCUGAAAGAGUAGUGGGAUUCAUCAACUAUUGAGUACCUGAAUAAUAUGGAGACCUGCUGCUUCCAUUGUCAAUUUUCAGAAGUUUCUUUACUAGAAAAACGAAACUUGAAGCUUAAGGACCUUAUACUUGGGAAUUUGGUUUUUGCUUUUCCAGUGAGGGAGAAUGGAUUCUUUAAUUGGACUUUAUUGGUGUUAUGCUGGCUGGCAGCUACCUUGUGCGAUGGUUUGUGGUAUUGUAAACAAGACCUACUGGAGCCUCCCUGAACUCCUAUGUUCAUGAUGCUGUUAUGUAGAAACUCGGCAACUGAGCAUCAGUUUUCUGUUUCAUGAAAAUUCAUGCUCUUUUAUCUUCUACAGAGUUUUCUUAUUGUUGCAUGUUUGAUUUGUGAAAUGGAAUGGGAGGAUAAAAGGAAUGUUGGGAAAAAAGUGAUUUUCU